UUAAUUCAACCAUCAUUCAUAAAUUUCAAUAUUUCUUUAACUCUAUACUUUAUAAUAUUCACGAAUAUGUAACUGUCACUGAUAAAAAAACGACCGUUCUGAUGAAGUUGGGUUAAAGUUAUAAAAAAAGAGGAUUCGGAAUGUACAUCAGCUGAUCUGACUCAUCACCUCUAUUGCGCUAUCGGUUACGCACACAAAGAGGAGGGGUGUAUCGCCAUUUUGGUGUCAUGUGUGCAGCGGGUGCUCUAUUAUCACUAUUUACAUCGUAAUUAACAGAUAUUAUUCAUAUUAAUAGAGAAUAUAUAAUUUAAUUUCUAUAGAUAUCUUGAAAACCGUGAUUGGCUAAACGUCGCUCGACCAAUAUUCAGGAGUUGUGCGUGAGGAAUUUCUACCAUGGGCAACAGAGACGACGAAUACGAUUAUCUUUUUAAAGUUGUUCUCAUUGGGGAUUCUGGUGUUGGCAAGAGUAACCUGCUGUCAAGAUUCACUCGCAAUGAAUUCAACUUGGAAUCAAAGUCUACCAUUGGUGUUGAAUUUGCCACACGUAGCAUAGAGGUGGAUGGCAAGACAAUUAAAGCACAGAUCUGGGACACGGCAGGCCAGGAAAGGUAUCGUGCCAUCACUUCUGCGUACUACAGGGGUGCCGUUGGAGCUCUGCUUGUCUAUGAUAUUGCAAAGCAGCUCACCUACAGCAAUGUUGAACGCUGGCUCAAAGAACUUAGAGAUCAUGCUGAUCAGAAUAUUGUCAUCAUGCUAGUAGGCAACAAAUCUGACCUGCGUCACCUGCGAUCCGUACCGACGGAAGAAGCCAAGGGCUUUGCUGAGAAGGAAGGCCUCUCAUUUAUAGAAACUUCUGCCUUAGACUCAACUAAUGUUGAGACUGCCUUCCAUAAUAUUCUUGAAGAGAUCUACCGCAUUGUGUCGCGCCAGCAACUCCCCGACAACUCCGUGCCUGAGAUGCCCGGCGGUCCAUCGUUCAGCGUGAAGCCCACCGAGCCCACCCCUGGCAGCGCAUCAUCUGCCCUCAACAACUGCUGCUCUCGCUAGCCUGCCGUCCCUCUCACCUCUCUGCUGCACGAGGCUGCAGCGUCUCCAAACUUUGCCCAAGUGCUUCAAUUGGUUUCUGGCUCGUUAGUUUUCACGAGUCAUCAUGUCCUGAGGGGUUCCAAAUUAUAGCGAUAAAACACCAAUGUACUCGAGUGAGAACAAUACCCAGUUUAGGUAGGUCAUGUUCCAUGCAUCUGUUUUUGAUCUGCGGAAACUAGUUUGCAACUGGUUUCGAAUCUUGAGACUUGAAAGCAGACUUGCCAUCAAAUGUAACUAAGUCCAAAAGUACACGUUCAUAACCCUAUUCGUAGUUCACUGCAGAUUCUCUAGAGGCCUCCCAUGAGAUUUAAUGCCUUGUUGAUUGUUCUGGAUGGUGUCAUUUUCAAUGCGUUCUAUUAUGAAAAUCAAUAAAUUUUUGGCCUCGUUCUAAUUUGGUGCUAAUUUAUUUUGAAUCGGAUUGAUAACUUUUGAUGGUGGAACAUUAACAGAUGUCUUCGCAACCAAAGACCCCCCCACCCCGCAAUCAGCUGUUUGUCAAUUUUGUGCAUCAUGUUGGUUUCAACGCCCAGGAAUUAUAGUGAGAUUUGACCUAUGAAUAAAUUUUCAUUGUGUUGUGACUAGCUCAAGACAAUGUCAAACCCUCUCCUGUAAUUAAUAAAGUUCCUCAUCAUUGCUAUACAAUAAAUGGACGAGCUCGAAAGUAUGGUUAAAUAGAGGAAUCCAAAAUAUUUUUUCGCUUUGUCGUUCAUCUAUUCUCCAAAUAGGUUUCUGGAAUCAUAGUUUAAUGAUGUAUCCACGAUAAUGCAAAUUGUUCUCGGCGCGUGCUUAAUUUUCAUAACUUUGUUUUUGCAAGGGGCUUGAUUUGUUCUAAAAAACAACCUAGUUGUUUUCGAUCUUUUGCUGAAUGCUUUUCUUCCAAAAAUACCGCUACUUUCUGUAUUUUUCUAUCAAUGAGUGACCCGUGUUAUAGGCUGUCGUUAUUUCCAAGCUUCGUCACAACGCCUCGUGACCGCCCUGUACCCUCUUUUUUAUUAAUUAUCGAUCCCUUUAUGUAUGCUCCCGAUAUUUUUACUCUAUUUUAGUAUCAUUCUAAGCCAUUGUUUUGAGAAUCCCAUUUUGGGCCUUCGUUAUAGGUUAUUGUUUGUGUUGACUUCUAAGAGUUUUGUGUGAUUCUACUGAGGAGGAAUUUCGCUGUACUUUGUUUCUUUGAAGCUGUAGAUUCUUGCUCUUUCAGGAACCAGGACCAGCAGGCUAGUUUGUUGUGUAAUCUAAAUUAUCUUAAGAUCAGCAGCUGUUUUUUUUGUGUUAAACUCGUUCUUGUUUCUAAAUUUUAGGUAUCAAU